AGAUGCUUAUAGACAUUCUAGGUGAGACACUUGCAUAUAUUAUAUAUUAUAUACACUUACUUAUAUAUAUAAUAUAAUGAUUCUCAGUGCUUUUAGGUAGUUUAACAGUCUGUAUUCUGGCACACUUUUCAUCUACGUCCACAGGGAAAGCAGUCACUUAAUUUCCCUUUUUUCUGUUUUUCUUAGUACAAAUGGACGUGUAGGCUAUCUACUGUACAAGCAAAAGGUGUUGAGUGGGCGUGGCCAUCCAGGUUCCUUUGCUCAGACAUGAGAGAGAGAGAGAGAGAGAGAGAAGGGCGCCUGUUCACUGCGGUCCAUCCAAUGGUGAGGAGCUGACUGAGUCGCUAUGGUGACGGGAUUGUUUCGACAGAGGCUGUGAUGGGUUGACAGGUGCGUGACAGUCGCGUCUGUGCAAGCAUGUACGCCAAAGGCAAGAACAGCGUGCCAUCGGAUAGUCAAGCCCGAGAAAAGUUAGCUCUGUAUGUGUAUGAAUAUCUGCUACAUGUGGGAGCUCAGAAAUCAGCACAGACCUUCCUGUCAGAGAUCCGAUGGGAGAAGAACAUUACAUUAGGAGAGCCGCCUGGGUUCUUACACUCGUGGUGGUGUGUUUUCUGGGACCUCUACUGUGCUGCUCCUGAGAGGAGAGAAACAUCUGAGCACUCAAGUGAAGCCAAAGCUUUUCAUGACUAUAGUGCUGCAGCAACACAGAGUCCAAUGAUUGGAAGUCUUCCUGGAGAUGGUAUGCCUUUGCCCCCGGGAUUUUUUCAGCAGUUUAUGUCUCCUCGAUACCCAGGUGGGCCCAGAGGCUCUCUCAGAAUACCCAGUCAGGCUUUGGGCCCUGGGAACCAGCCUUUAUUAACUAGUGGGAUGGAUCCUACAAGACAGCCAGGCCAUCCCAACAUGAGUGGGCCCAUGCAGAGGAUGACCCCUCGAGGAAUGGUUCCUAUUGGACCACAGAAUUAUGGUGGUGGGAUGAGACCUCCCCUAAAUGCUCUUGUGGGACCUGGGAUGCCUGGGAUUAACAUGGGUCCUGGAGGAGGAAGACCAUGGCCAAAUCCACCAAAUAACAAUUUGAUCCCUUAUUCAUCCGUUUCUCCGGGCAGUUAUUCGGGUCCCCCAGCAGGAGGUGGCCCUCCAGGAACACCCAUCAUGCCAAGUCCAGCAGAGUCAAACAACUCAAGUGACAACAUUUACAGCAUGAUCAGCUCAGCCCCUCCAAAUGGAAACAGGCCAAAUUUUCCAUUAGGUUCAGGUUCUGAUGGCCCAAUAGGCAGCAUGGCAGGCAUGGAGCCUCAUCAUAUGAAUGGGUCAUUAGCAGGAUCUGGCGACAUUGAAAGCCUCCCAAAGAGCUCCCCAGGAAACCUCAGCUUGAAUAAUCAGCCUGGCACACCAAGAGAUGAUGGAGAAAUGGGUGGCAACUUCCUCAACCCAUUUCAGAGUGAAAGUUAUUCUCCAAACAUGACAAUGAGUGUGUGAAAGGACAGCACAGGAGUUACGUUUUCACCGUGUUCAGCAAAAAAAACUAGGAUCUUCUCAAAACCGGCUCUUUGUUUAUUUACUCAUUUUGUCUUUGGUGAACUAUUGUGAAUUACAGUUACGUCAUCCUACACUAAAUCUGAAUAAACUUAAGCAAGCCAUGAAAGAAAGCUGAAGACACCUUGAAGAUUUUUCACAUUUUUUUUUUCUCCUGUUUGAAUUCACACAGGGCUCAAUCCAUUUUUUAAUUACUGAAUCUUUCCAGAAUCAAGUUUUUGUAUGUACCUUUUUUAUGUAAAUGUUUUUUUUCGUCUUCUUUUUUUUUUUUUUUUUUUCUGUGGUUUACAGCACAGGUGAUGCCCAAAAAACUGCAGUUCCUUAAUAAAAUUUAAUUCAGACAAUUCAACGUUAUGAUUGAAUAGCAGAAAUUUUUUUUUGUUGUUGAGUGAACUAAAUAUGACAUUUCAAGAUCUUCAUUAUAUUCAAAUUAAGUUAAACAAGGAUUUGAUCAGAUGACGAUAACUGACACAAUCAUCCUUUAUCAAACACAUUGUCUAGGCAAACUAAAGGUUUGCUCCAAAAUAAGACAAAUGUACAGUAUAUCCCUAAAUGUAAUGGACUGACCUGAUUUUUUUUUUUUUUUUUUGUUGACGGACCUCAAUAUCUCUUGUCUUGUCGGAUUUGUUCUUGUUGAUACAGCUAUCUGUGAAGAAUUUGGAUAUGCUGAUAUAAAAAUCAUUUUCACCAUUUAUAUGUGUUUGUGUAUGUAACCUUUCUUGAGGAAAAUAAACCUCCUCAAGCCACCAUAAAUUAAUUAUGCUGGUACAUUCUUGUUGUUAAGAUGGUCAAAUAAGAAUUGCUGGAUAUGAAAUUUGAGCAGGUUAAAAAGCUUGAUCAAGACAAACCAGUAUACAUGACCCUGGACCACAAAAACCAGUCAGAAGGGACAUAUUUAAAAUAAAAUUGGUAUUUAUACAUCAUCUGAAAGCUGAAUAAAUGUAUGAUGUAUGGUUUGUUAGGACAGGACAAUAUUUGGCCGAGAUACAAUUAAAAAAUCUGGAAUAAGGGUUUGAAAAAUAUUGAGAAAAUCGCCUUCAAAGCUGCCUAAAUAAUACCUUAGCAAUGCAUAUUACUAAUCAAAAAAUAAGUUUUGAUAUAUUUAUGGUAGGAAAUUGACUAAAUAUCUUCAUGGAACAUGAUCUUUACUUAUCCUAAUGAUUUUUGGCAUAAAAGUAAAAUCGAUCAUUUUGACCCAUGGCUAUAACAAACCUGUGCGACUAAUGUCACAUAUCAGUGUUCACAAAAUAUGUUGGUGACCAGCUACGCUGGUCAUUUAAACAACAUUUGAAGCCGUUAUUUACAUAAUUUGCAUUGUUACACUCCCUUUACAAAGUUUGGGGAUGGAAAGAUGUAAUUGAAAAGAGAAGA